AUGACACUGGCACGCUGGUCACUACGACGGAACAACGGUGCUAAUACAGACUACCGCAAGACAUGCAGGAACCGCGCCGCCUCUGUUAGACAGUUCCCCUCAAUUUUCUUCUCCAAGUUUGCUGCCGAAAACCCCCCUUCCAUACGGCAAACAGCGCCGCACCCCGGCCACUCCGAACUCUCUCUCCCCCGCUCCUUAUGGUUCCCCUGUCAAGCCUGCUACCGCGAGGAUCAUCCAUGGGGCGAUGCAACCGUCAAAGGUGGGGGUAAACGGCAGUGGCUUCGACGAUGUCUUCUUCCACAGGCCCCAGAAGCAGUAGUCACCGGGUGGCUGACAGGUAGGCUACAAGCCUACAACUAA